GAUAUUAAUCCUGAUGAAGAAGAAGAAAAGCAGAAAUUGAUAACACAAGUAUUAGAACUACAAAAUACAUUAGAUGAUUUGUCAUCAAGAGUGGACUCUGUCAAGGAAGAAAAUCUCAAAUUGAAGUCUGAAAACCAAGUAUUAGGGCAGUAUAUUGAAAAUUUAAUGGCUGCCAGUAGUGUGUUUCAAUCUACAUCACCAAAAUCAAAAAAGAAAUAG